CAACCUCGAACCACCACCACGACUGCGACGAGCUAUAUAUUCUAGCACGAACUCUACGACUGUAACGACCAGGACAACGAAAAAUGGCAGGGAUCGAUCUAAUAAGCACUCGCGCUUGGCUGUACGUCGUUCUGCUCGUAUUCAGUUUUAUACUCUUCGCAUUAUGUGCAACUAGGAUCAGCUUCACAAAUGAGAACUUCGGGGGUCACGACCCAUCUGUUGUCGAACUAUUGGUCACCACAAUCCUCACAAUGAUAUGGUGUGCCUUCAUGCUCUUCCUCUUCUUCCGAGACACUGUAAAUCCCAUCGUCCGCUUCUACCUCCACGAAAUCAUCGCUCUCCUCGUUCUCUGGAUCCUUUGGCUCGGUGGUGCCGCCGCUGCGUCAUCCGUAUUCAGCGGGGUGGAGUUCUGUCCACGAUUCGAACAGUGUAGUCUCCUUUCAGCUAUACUGGCCUUUGCUUGGUUGGGAUGGAUCACUCUCACGGCGAUUGUGGCUGUCAGUGCGUGGGUGAGUCGGCAACAUGGGGGUUUGGGGACCACACUUCAUGGGAGGGGGUCGAGUAGGGCCAAACCAGUCGCCACGGUCUAAGGCUCCUAUGUGUUUUCGCUCUUCUUGUUUCCUCGUUCCCUACGCGCUUUAUCACGGUCGCUCGUGGUAUUGGACAUUAUCGUAUCUCUACCCCUUGCGUUAUCACGACUAUUCAGUGUACAUAAUGUAAUGACUGCUGACUGAGAUUCUGCGACCCGCUUCGAUUAUAUUCCUGGGCUGCGUUACUGCGUAUACAAAAUCCUUCAUAUUGAGCUUCCAUUGCCCUCAAGAACCUCGG